AUGGCUGGAUUAAUCGCAGUCGCCGGUGGCAUUGCCUCUGUCUCCCAAGUUCUCGUCUACUUAGCUCAGACAACGAAACACGUUGUCGAAUUUUACGGUGACUUCACAGAAGCCCCAAUAGUCUUGCAUCGAAUAAAGGAAAAACUACAUCUCCUCCAGCAGAUGAUAGCGCAAGUACAGUCUUAUGUUAUUGAGCAUCAUGACAGCGAUAUCCUGCCUUCCGAGACAAAGGAACUGCUAUUAGGAUCUGUUCGUCGAGUCCAGGAUUCGCUGGAUAAGGCCAAGCUAAAAUGCCACAAAGUGACAGAUAAGAACAUUAAGAAAACUAUGAAACGAGUCGUCUGGGUUUUGAGAGAUGAGCCUGCGCUGAGUAAGCUACUGCAAGACUUGAACGAUUCCGACCACAUUUUGCACUUGGUCAUGCAAGUGUUGAUCAUGAAAACAACCACGCUAGCCCUACAGUACCAGUCUACUGCCAUUAAAGAAGCUCGUGGAAAUAGGGCUACAGCGGGCAGCCAGCCACUAGUAUCUCUGCCAAAAUGGACAAACAGACCUAAUAAUUCAUGGCCAUGGUGGUGGUGGUGGCUCCGGCAAUAUGGAUUCUAUGGCACUCUCAAGAUCCGGCAAUCACACUCCCAGCAUCUACUAGAUACGCACAUCUUACUCGGCUACAAAUUCCCAGCAUGGCUUUGGUCCAAAAGUAUCGAUAUUGAGCUAAAAUUUCAGUUACCGAGAUGCAUCAGGAUGCAAAACCGAGUACCAGUGGAUUCGCCGUUUAUCGUCGCUUGCCGUAAUGGCGAUGUCCAAAGAAUCCGGCAAAGCCUUGCAGAUAAGCCAGGCUCAGUGGGAGAUCGAUUAAGCUGUACAGGUGAAACGCCACUUAUGCUGACGAUAGAAUGCGGAAAUAUGGAUGCUAUGAAGGUCUUGCUGGAUGCAGGGGCUGAUCCAAACGUUGGGGAUGACGACGGAAUCACCCCGGUCUUUCGUGCACUUGGUAUGAAUCCGAGACGAAACAAGAUAUUCCCACAAUUACCGCCUAGAAAUCCCAUGUGGGUGGAUAUCAUUCGCUUGCUGGUUGAAUACGAUGCGUCAGUUCACGAAGUCGUCAAUGGAAAUUCGUUGACCACUUUGAACCUGAUAUGGCACAAAAACAAAAGCCGAACUCUGGAAUUCUUCCACUUUCUUCAUGACCAAUACUACGUCGACUUUGGCGCUGACAAAAUCGACGGAUUCUCAGCUUUCACCAGCGCGUUUAGAUCUGUCGGAUCGAGUUUAGAAUGCAUACAAUUUUUAUAUGAGAAAGUUGGGUUAGACUUUUCCAGAAUUUCUGCAGAUGGUCGUUCCCUUUUACAUCUUGGCGCUGAGUAUGCACAUGAACCAGAAACAAUCGAAUAUCUCUGCAGGGCUUGUCCGUCGGAUUACAUUAACCGCCAGGAUGACUUGGGUUGGACGCCACUUCACUACGCGAUAUUCUUCGAGGGUUUGCACAAGCCGGAGGAUUCGUUGGCAAAGGUUGAAUUGCUCAUUCGCCAUGGGGCUAAUCCUUACAUCAAGUCAACCCGACUACCCAUGUUCUGUACAGUACUUGAUAUUGACACGGAUCGGUUCACGGCUUUUGAGCUUUGCGAAGCUCUGCCAUCCCAUCGAUAUGAGCAGUUUCUGGACAUUGUGAGAAAUUACGGCUAUGAUAUUCCGGAAGAGGCAGAAACCAAUGUUUUCUAUGAGGCUGUCGCUUGA